AUGUAUCUGUUGUCAACGUAUCUGGUGUUGAAAGAGAAAAGGGAGGGUUGUGUGAGAAAGGUGUGAUAGGUUUCAUGUCAAGUGAUCAACGUGAUCGCGACGUCGCAAAGUGCUGGUGAGAGUUGGCUGCCGACGCCCGCACCUUGAAUUUGUUGGCAAGAUGGCAAGAUGUGUUGCAGGCCUGGCAAAUGCACGUGUGAAAGGCCUGUUGAACAAUGGUGGGCAUGUGAGUGGUGUCAAGGGUGCGUUGCUGGCAGUGGUGUUUGUAAUGACGGCCGAUGUGAGAUUGUUGAAUGGGAUUGCCGGUGGUAUGAACGUCAAUCGUGAGGGUGGUGGUGGUAUGUUGGAGCUGCCUUUUUGUGCAUCGACCAACCGGUGUUGGGGAACACUAUUGAAGAACCCCACUAGAUCAUCAUUGAUGGCCGACAGUUGCAGGUCCUCUGGUGUGGUGCGAAGAUGGUCAUGGAGUUGUUGCCAUAGGGUAGGGAUGGAUAGCUGACCGGGGAGCUGUGCAAGGUGUCGAUGAGGCUUGAGUUUGUUGCAAGUCAAUGACACCCACAAAUUGCGCUUGAAUGCAGAGUCAAGCAGAGAGUGCCGCUCCUAAAAGCAACAACGUGUUGGAGUGCUGUCGGGGGUCGCUUGAGCACACGAGCGAGUGAUAGGCCAUAUCGUGUUGCAUCUUCCUGUAGCUGUUCUUUUGUCACGUGCUCAUCCUUGAGGACCUGCAAGAUGCUGUUGAGUUUGGACCGUAGUGUUUUGUGAGCGGCUUCGCGGAUGCGGCAACAUGGGUGGGUGGACUGGAACGACCUGGUUAAAAUGAUUGCGGGUGAGAGAACUUCUCAGUGUUGGUGUGGAAGGAGUGGGCGAGAAAUGGAAUGGUGAGCGGUCAGUUGGUCUUGGGGAUGGUGAGGUUGUUCUGGAGUGCUGUUGCAAUGGAUGCGGCUGCUUGCAAGUGUGCCAAUAGGAGGCGGUGUGCAAUGGGGAUGUCCACUGGAGUAGUCAUGGCGAGAGCUCAAUGGCUGGGAGAUUCGGAUCUAGUUUGAACCGAUCACUGUCGAUGAGGCUUGGGCUUGUUACUUGACUAAGUCAUUGACAUCCACAAAGAUCAAAUAGCAUCGUGAGUGCAACAAUGUAAUUCAAAAAGGACCGUGUAUUCAAC